UGGAAGUGACGCUCCCGUUGCCGUCAGAGCGGCGGAAGCGCCGCUGGGAGCAGUAAACAACGGCGUCGGAGCCGCGUCCGCCGCGCUUCCAUCUUGGAGGAGCCCGAGCCGGAGCUGGUCGAGGACCAUGGGCGGCGUCCUGGGCCUCUGCUCCCUGGCGAGCUGGAUACCGUGCUUGUGUGGAAGUGCCCCUUGCCUGCUCUGCCGAUGCUGUCCCAGUGGAAACAACUCCACCAUAACUCGGCUGAUCUAUGCCUUCUUUUUGCUUCUUGGCGUGAGCGUUGCCUGUGUGAUGUUAAUACCAGGCAUGGAAGAGCAGCUGAAGAAGAUUCCUGGAUUUUGUGAUGGGGGGAUGGGAACAAGUAUUCCUGGUGUGCACGGCCACGUGAAUUGCGAUGUACUUGUUGGUUACAAAGCCGUGUACCGUGUGUGCUUUGGCAUGGCCAUGUUCUUCCUCCUCUUCUCCUUGCUGAUGAUCAAAGUGAAGAGCAGCAAUGACCCAAGGGCAGCGGUUCAUAACGGAUUCUGGUUCUUUAAAUUUGCAACGGCACUUGCAAUUAGUGUUGGAGCUUUCUUCAUACCAGAGGGACCGUUUACAACUGUGUGGUUUUAUGUAGGUAUGGCUGGAGCAUUCUGCUUUAUUCUUAUUCAGCUGGUCUUGCUCAUUGACUUUGCCCACUCCUGGAAUGAAUCUUGGGUUGAAAAAAUGGAGGAAGGAAACUCAAGAUGCUGGUAUGCAGCUCUGCUGUCAGCUACAGCUGUCAACUACCUGCUGUCUCUUGUAGCUGUCGUCUUGUUUUAUGUUUAUUACACUCAUCCAGAAGGUUGUUCUGAAAACAAGACAUUCAUCAGUGUUAAUAUGCUGCUGUGCAUUGGUGCUUCCGUAAUGUCAAUUCUGCCAAGGAUUCAGGAAUCUCAGCCAAGGUCUGGUUUGCUGCAGUCUUCAGUGAUCACAGUUUAUACAAUGUAUUUGACUUGGUCAGCUAUGACCAAUGAACCAGAUAGGCGCUGUAACCCAAGUUUGCUGAGCAUCAUUGGUUACAACAGCACCAGCACUCCAACCCAAGGUCAGGUGGUGCAGUGGUGGGAUGCACAAGGAAUUGUAGGACUGGUUUUGUUUUUGCUAUGUGUUCUCUAUUCAAGCAUCCGAACAUCCAACAACAGCCAAGUUAACAAACUGAUGCUGACCAGUGAUGAAUCAACACUGAUAGAAGAUGGAAUGCCCAGGAGUGAUGGCUCCCUUGAUGAUGGAGAUGAUGUUCACCGAGCCAUAGAUAAUGAAAGAGAUGGAGUUACUUACAGUUACUCCUUCUUUCACUUCAUGCUUUUCCUGGCAUCACUGUAUAUUAUGAUGACACUUACCAACUGGUACAGUCCGGAUUCUACUUACGAGACAAUGACCAGCAAGUGGCCGUCUGUCUGGGUGAAGAUAUCUUCCAGCUGGAUUGGCAUCGUGCUGUAUGUGUGGACUCUGGUUGCUCCGCUGGUUCUUACAAACCGUGACUUUGACUAAGCUGUGCUGCUCUCCAGGGGGGCUGUGUCAGCUUCACCGUGUCUUCGAAACAAACAGUAUUCUGGAUAAUAGUGCAGUUGUAAAUACGUGUGUGUGUGCGUGUGCUGUCCAUGUAGUAUACCCUGCUUUAUUCUGCAUGAUUACCUUGAACCAUGUCUUCUGUCAUUUCACUAAAUGACUUUUUCUAGCUGAGCUCAAUGAUAAUUGCUGUAAUGAUGGUUUUCAUGGGAUUACUCCUAGAUUGAGUGCUUUGGGAGCACAAGAUGUAAGAUCGAGAACUAUUACGUUUUUUCCCCUCAGUUGCAUUAAAUAGUUGUAGGAAAAAAAGUGCAAGUGUUAAUUAGGGUAACUAAACAGUGCUAGGUCAGGCUUUGCAAGUAAAGGAGGGGCUGCCUUUGAUGAUCCCUGUUGCCUUGAUUCCAAAGUAAGCCUUGAGUAAGCAUUGUUAGACUCAAAAUGGAGCACAGUGGAGUUUACUGGACAUCUCGCAGCACUUAGGCACUAACAGCCUGACCUUUGCCAUGCCGAGGGCAGCAGUAGCUUUAGCACAGAUGUGAUGGGGAAACUUGCACCUGGAGCUGCAGAGGAGCCAGUGUCCUCCAUGGUGCUGCUGGGUCUGAUGUGUCCCAUUGCAGAAAGGAGGACAGGCACCCUGGGGAAAAAACAUCCUCGUAUCAGAUGCUCAGAAGCAUGUUUUUAAGGCACCUGUUUACAAUGCGCAUUUAUGUAUUAUUAUUUUUUUAAAGUAGUUUAUAUGGGAUAGCUGUGCUGUAAUUUAUUGCUGUUCUGUGUGCCACUUUCUUCUUUGCUAAGCUACAAUCACAGACUUUGCAAGGAGCUGAGUGCUGAAAGCUGUGUAAACCCUUUAGAGGAAUUUUUUAA